CAAGUGCAACACGUCGCGGACGACAUAAUAGCGAUACUUUGCGGUUUAGAUUCGUCGGUCACACGUCGUCAAUAUUCCCGGGAAAAGGACCAAAGGCGAACCUUUCUUGGUCAGAAAAACAAAAAACAGUGGCAAAUACAAGAGGAGCAAAGAAAAGCAAAGCAAGGCAGGAGUAGUGACAAACACACACGGAAAACUUGGACACAUACGCCCAGCUUGUUGCUCGCUGUGGGCGUGGCAACAACGAAAAAGACGAAAAACAACAAGGACACACACAUGUGUCCUGCCAGUGUGUCGCGGAAAUUUUUGUGCGGAAAUUAUAGAAAUUUCGCUUUUUGAUUUCAUUUUCAUUCCGCUUUCGUUGCGAACCUCUUACCACUCGGCACACCACCACCCACAACCCACCGCCACCCCUUUGUACACCUGUGCGAAAAGGCAUCGAGAAAUGCCCAAGGAGCCCACCGCCGUCGGUGUCCAGUUGGCUUCGUCGUCCUUGCACUGACAAAUUUCCUUGCAUAUCCGCUCCAGGACUUCGGAACUUUGACUGCAAACAAAACCGUCAUUUGCGUGGCGCGUCGCUGUCGCGUUCACUUGUCGCAUAUCCGUCGCCAUUUUGACAAUAAUUUCAUUUCCGGUCGGCAAUUUGUACGCACUUGAGUGAGUGAUUAACUGCAUCGACCAUAAGCGAUUGUGAAGUGCUUACCUAUCCCGCCGGAAGUCCGAAAGAUAGUCGACGUGGAGUCUCAUUUUUGGAUAAACUUAAUUACAUAAACAGGCACAAUCCUGAGAGUCAAGUGGAAUCCCUUGUUUAGCCAACAGCCAGCCAUCGAGGCUCCCCAGGCGUGCGCCAUGUACGAGAACUCCUGUUCGUAUCAGACGGCGCUGGACCUGAAGCGAGUGUCGCCGCCCACUCUCGCCCAGGUGAAGACGGAGGACUGCCUGACCCUCGGACAGUGCUCGCCGGACUGGACCUCGUAUCGCUUCCACCAGUCCACCUUCGAGCAGCUGAAGCAAAGCGUCGAAAAGGCCAAGGCGGCGCUUCAGGACCGCAGUAGUUUCUUCGGGGCCAGCAGUGCCUUCAGUGACAUCUACUCCAGCCAGCGCUUGACGGACACCCUCGACACCCUGCCCGUUCAGUCCGGGAACGGAGCUGGCAAUUGCCUCGGCCUCCCACACAAUCCCAAUGUCGGAGUGGGCGUGGCCGGAGUGCUCAACUACAAUGCGGUUAGCAGCAGUACGGCCGGAGUGCUGGGCAGCAGUGGGAACAGUGUCCAGAGACACCGGUUGGACACUCUGCAGCCGCCGCCCGGCUGCUCGCCCGCCGUCACCCAGCACGGCGUCAUCACGUCCAGUGCCGGACAGGUCACGUCCGGAACUCUGGAUGCGGUGAGUGCGGCUCCGGCACUGCCAUCGCUAACAGCGUCCAGCUCCUCGCAUGUGGAGCACAAAGUCAGGGCAGAUAAAUCCUCGCUGGACUGCGCUACCACAUCCUCGCAUGCAGCGGUGCCCUCGUCCUCGUCCUCGACCAGCGACCAUCAGCAGGGCAGGAUCAGCGGCAGCAAGAGCAGCAGCACCAGUGGCGCCGGGGCAGGGGGAUCGGCAUCAGGAGCAGGAGGCGGCUCUGCACUGUAUUCCUCGUACAAAUCGUCGUGGGGCUCCCACAGUUCGACACAAUCGCAAGGUUACAGCUCGAACGCCUUGGGCAUCAAACAUGAUCCGCACUCACAACUACGGCAACCUGAUCCAUAUCAAAUGUUCGGACCCACCAGCAGCAGACUGGCCAGCUCAGGCUCUGGCCAGAUCCAACUGUGGCAGUUUCUGCUCGAGCUGCUCUCGGACUCCAACAACGCCAGCUGCAUCACCUGGGAGGGCACCAACGGCGAGUUCAAGCUCACCGAUCCCGACGAGGUCGCCCGCCGCUGGGGAGAGCGCAAGUCCAAGCCGAAUAUGAACUACGACAAGCUCAGUCGGGCCUUGAGAUAUUACUACGACAAGAACAUAAUGACCAAGGUGCACGGCAAGCGGUAUGCGUACAAAUUCGAUUUCCAAGGCCUGGCAGCUGCCACUCAGCCGGCGGCCAGCGAUCCCACCUACAAGUACCAGAGCGACUUGUUCAUGACACCAUAUCACCACAGCGCCAAGCUCAGCUCGUUCAUGAGUCCGCACCACGGCAUGACCUCAUCAUCAGCUUCGAUCUUCCCGUCGGCCGCCUCGUGGGGCAACUGGGGCAGUCCGGCCACGAACCUCUACCAGCCGCACUCGAUGAGCCACGUGACCCCCUCCCACGUGGCGCCCCACCUGAGCAGCUAUCCCCACUACGCAUGACCAUCAUCGUCGGGUGGCGCCUUC